AUGGCCAAGAAAAAGGCUUCGAAGAGCUUUCGAAAUGUCAAACAGAAUUCAAACGAAUUUCAGUCCAUGGAUCCGCUUUUUGGUCAAAAUAGAGCGUUUGCCCUGGAGGGAAACCUUGUAAACCCAGAAGUCAAGAAAUACUUGCAAGCAGUGAGGAUCCAAGCUUUGAGCACUCUGGGAGCUAAUCCAAGUGAAAGAGUAUCUGUAAUAUCCACACGCAAUGGUAACAAGAGCUUGUAUGAUGAAGAACCCUUGAUAAAUCAAAGUCUGGCACGUUUUGACAAAAGCUGCAGUGCCUGGCUAGGUUGGUUCAGAGAAAUGAAAAGAGAGAUAGAUGGUUUCGAGUCCUUUCCCAGCCAAGAAAUCACCCCGCAAACCCUAGAUCUACUGCUGUUUUAUUUCAAGAGUUUUCUGCAGGAAGCAGUCAGUAAAGAUGGCAUAAGUGCCGAUGAGAACGUUACCAGAGUGCUAGAAUUAUUGCAGACGCACAACGUGGACGUCGGUUCCGAGGACCAGGUUCUCGAAAUCGAUGAAGAAUGGGCUUGCAACUUGAUGUCCCAGCUCAAAACUAAACGAUCUAACAAAAUCCAAAACCUGAACGACCUAAGGCAUCUGAUAAAAACUCCUGCUCCGCUGCCGCAGAAUUUCAAUUCCUGGCACAACUUUAUCACGAAGACCCAGCCCACGUCAGUUCUGCUGCAGAGAAUGAAAGGUGAAGGCGAAGUUCUUCGACUGGCCAGCUACUUGAUACAAUGGCUGGGAGAUAUUUCCAAGAACAAAAACGUCGAAAAGGUCUCUCAAUGGACACUGUUUGUGCUUCUAUACCUAGAAAAACAUGUUCCGGCCCAAGACGUUAGUAUUUUGCGAGAUUUGGGCAAAAAGGCACGACAAUGCAAACUCAAGGGUCUAACUUCUCCUUCCAAUAGUUCCAAUUAUUAUCUGCAGGUUCCUCGGGGUCUUUUGGAACCCCACAUCAAGAUUGAACCGCUAACAGCGAUCGAUUUGGUAUUAACGGUCGUGGCGUUCGAGUAUGGGCAGAGGGAUCUAGUGGAUUGGACUGGUAUUUGA